CGCUGCUGCUCAUAGAUGCAAAUUCCAUUUACUAUCCCGUCAGACAGCGACAGUUGUCACGUGAUUUAUCCUAACUCUCAGCGUAAACAUUCCCGUGGGAACUACAACUCCCACAAUCCACCGCUCUCGUAUGUCACAAAUGCGACUGCCUUAGUAGCACGCUCGUUAGAUGCCACAUUGAGAAGACAAGCAUGGCUGCUGAGGCGGAGAGAAAGACAGCUCUGGAAAUGUCCUGACAUAGAGUUCUGUGGUUACAGCAUCACUCAUCCAUCAGAAACCAAGAUUAAUUUCCGUAUCCAGACACGAAAUGGGAUUCCAGCAGUGGAGCCAUUUCGGAGAGGGCUUACUGAGCUUGUGGAUGUCUGCCAGCAUGUGCUUAAUACAUUUGAGGCCAGUAUCAAAGAAUACAAAGAACAAAAGGAUGCUGCGAUGGAGUGACCAUCUCAUAACUGAACGUGUAUAUAUAUAUAUAUCCCGAAAUACAAUUUUGUAUUGUCUUGUAAUAUAGUUAGAACAUUAAAUAUAUUUGGUUUUUUAAAAAUGUCAGUGUUCAUUUCAGUUAAAAAUUAUCAUUUAGAAAAACACAUUAAAGAUACUGUGCAAUAGA